GGAUGGACACAUAGGAUAACAUGCUGGGGAUGGACACCUAGGAUAACAUGCCGGGGAUGGACACAUAGGAUAACAUGCCGGGGAUGGACACAUAGGAUAACAUGCUGGGGAUGGACACGUAGGAUAACAUGCCGGGGAUGGACACAUAGGAUAACAUGCUGGGGAUGGACACAUAGGAUAACAUGCCGGGGAUGGACACACAGGAUAACACGCCGGGGAUGGACACAUAUAGGAUAACAUGCCGGGGAUGGACACAUAGGAUAACAUGCCGGGGAUGGACACACAUAGGAUAACAUGCCGGGGAUGGACACAUAGGAUAACAUGCUGGGGAUG